AUGUCAGAGGAAGGGGCAGCCGAAAGCAUUGCGGCCCGUAAACAACGUCGACGCAUGGCUGGACGGAGUGGAGGCGAAUUUGAGAUUGUUCGAAAUGGUGAAGGAAUCGAUUACCGCUAUGUUUGGCCAAACAAAGAGGAAGAAUUCGUUGAUCGGCUUGUUUCCUGGGCUAGCGCUGAGCCUACCCAAGAUUCUGUGAUUGAGUCCGACAAGACGUCCACACUGUGUGCCGGGGUCGAGACAAACGAAGACAAUCCGGACGGGGGAAGCCUUGAUGUGAUAGUGCGGGACAAUGGAACAAAGGCAGCAAAUGAUGAUACUGGCUGCAUCAAGAGGACGGCUUCCGGAAAAGAAGACGGCAAGGAACAAGGAGCUUUCACAAGGCUGAAUAGGCGUAUCUCCGGAUGGUUCCAGCGCAGAAAACAUGAUGGCAAAGAAAAUGAGCGUGAAAAGGGUGGUAUGCCGGCAUCAGAACAAGAUCAGCCGUGGAUUCCUGAGCCCCAGCUAUCACCCUUCAAAUCAGAGAGCCUCACCAAGGAGCUAAUGGAGCCUCAAGACGAUCGUAUAUCGAGACAUGAGGAGGUGAAUAGGGACUUCUUUACCGCAGCACGCCGCUCGGUGGAGUCGACCAGACAGUUCGAGAGUGCAAUCCGGUGUUCGGAGGUUGUCGGUGACGAAGAGUUCGGCGAUUGUGAUUGA